AUGCCCGACAAAGCAGCAAAACAUCUGAAAAGUGCGUUUGCUCUACUCACAGAAAGAACGGCAACCACACUCGAAGUGUCACGCGCCAACGUCUGGCUGUUUACCGACAGUAGCCGUUCCACGUUACGCUGUAUUGACAGCUACAGCUUUCUGACAAAAUUGCACAGUGCUGAUGGAGAAUUGAAUAUUGAGCAGGUGCCUAACUAUAUCAAAGCGCUGAAGCAGGAGCGCGUGAUCCGGGCCGACGAUGCAGCAACUGAUGUGCGUACCGCUGAAUUUCGCGAGGCGUAUCUACCCAAGCACAAUAUCAAAUCAAUGUUAGAAGCGCCCAUACGUCAGGAUGGUGAAGUUGUUGGGGUGAUCUGCGUGGAACAGAUCGGCAAUAAAAGACGGUGGGACGAUGCCGAAGCCAAUUUUGUUGCCACCAUGUCUGACUUCGCCACUAUGGCGCUCCUCAGCCACGAGAAAGAUCUCGCUGAAAGCGCCUUGAUCCAGGCACAGAAGAUGGAAUCUCUCGGUCGUCUGGCAGGCGGGAUAGCGCAUGAUUUCAACAAUAUAUUGAUGGUGCUCUCUGGUGCCGUGGAUACUCUGCAGAUCAAUGGAGGAGAUCCCGAAUUGCGCCAGCGGAUGCUUGUACUGAUGAGCGAUGCCUGUGAGCGGGCGCAGAAACUGACGCGCAACCUGCUGGCUUUUGGUGGCAAACAGAACCUAGAUUUCAAACAAAUCAGCACACACAAGCUGUUAAGCGCUAUCGAAGGGUUGACCAAAGGUAUUAUCCGCGAAGAUAUUCAAGUUCACUUUAUUGUGGGCCAUACACCUUAUUGGUUUGAAGGGGAUCAAACGCAACUGGAACAGGUUGUCCUUAAUCUGAUGAUAAAUGCGAUGGAUGCCAUGCCAGAAGGCGGCAAGUUGACCAUUGAGGCACUGGCACCAGACCACAACAAUCUUGUUGGUCUGGCUGUAAUAGAUACAGGCACCGGCAUCUCUGAAGACUGUAUCGACCGGAUAUUUGAACCCUUUUACAGCACCAAGGGUAAAUUGGGCACCGGCCUGGGCUUAUCCAUUUCCUCCGGCAUUGUGCAACAGCACAACGGUACUCUGGAGUGCACAAGCAGCUCCGAUAAAGGUACGCGCUUCGAAAUGAGAGUGCCUCGUGUUUCUCAACGUCAGGAAAUCGGUAAAAAGAUAGAGCCGGAUGGCGAAAAUCAGAACAGUCGCGAGCGUAUGCGCAUCCUUCUGGUGGAAGACGAAGAAAGCGUUCGCGAUAUUGUCAGCCAGAUGUUGUCUGCAAUAGGUUAUGACGUGAAGAUAGCGCAAAGCGCAGGACAUGGAUUGGCGAUACUGGGCCAAGGCUGCAUCGACCUGGUGGUAUCUGAUGUCAUUAUGCCCGACAUGCGCGGCCCCGAUCUUUACCAGAGCGCCUUGAAAAAACAGCCCGACUUAAAGGCGCUGUUUGUAUCAGGUUACAGCGAAGAACUGACAACAGAACUUACCGCAAACAGCGCAAACGUGGGUUAUUUAAGCAAACCGUUCACAUUGGCUCAAUUACGAUCUGCCCUGGGUAAGCUGAUGGAAAGUACAGGCGAAAAUUAG